AUGUCUUCACGACGCGGGGCCCAGGACAAUGACGGCGAGCUGACGUCCCCGCAUUCUUUUAUUGAGUUGAUGUCGCUAGAGCGACUCGAAGAUACCUCGAUCUCGUUUCCCGACUCCACCGAACCAGAAAAGCUUGAGCGGUUCCGCUCGCUCGCAACACCUUACAACCCUGGUCAAGGAACGCGCUCGUUCGGCGGACAUGUUUAUACCCAAUCAGCCUAUGCAGCGUCCAAGACCGUCGGUCAGGGGUUAGUGAUUCACGAUAUGACGGGCACAUUCAUCCUACCGGGACGGCUCGACACGCCAUACGUGUACACAGUGCGACAUAUCCGCGACGGGUUCAUGUACAGCACACGAGCUGUCGACGCACGUCAAGCAGGCAAAAUCUGCUUCUCGUGCAUAUGCUCCUUCAAGCGUGACGAGAAGCAGCGUCUCUUUCAGCACCAGCCGACAUCAGCACAAGCGCGCUUCGACUCAAUUCUUUCGGCGAAGCGGCCAGAAGACCAGACUCCCAGUCCCAGCGUGGACGCAGAAUGGUGGAUCGAGGCUGUGCGACAGGGAAACAUCUCCGAGCCCGAGUUUCCCGGUCUGGACGUGCGCAAGACCGAUAUGAAGGACUAUAACCGCGCCGACGAUGUCAAGCAACAUCCUGAGCGAUAUCGCCAGCUAACGCAGUACCGGCUCAAAGGAUCACCGGACGAGGAUCCUACUGCGAGUUUGGCGCAGAUUCGGGAAAGGGAAGAGAAUGGGGAAUAUGAUAAUCUGUAUGCGUGUGCGCAUCUGUAUUCCAGUGAUAAGAACUCGCUUCUUUUGAUUCCGCGUGCUCUGGGGAUCAAGUACUGGACUGAGAUGGCGAGUCUAACGCUUACGGUUAUUGUGCAUCAGCAUGGGGAGGCCCUACGGAUGGUUGACUGGGAGAGUAUUGGCGAUAGCGAUGUUAAUCUGAGUGAGCUGCCCAUGAAGUGGUUCGUGCAGGAGGGGUGGACGCCUCGGACUACGGAGAAUAGGGGGAUGCACGAGAGUUAUCUUUGGAGCCCUGAUGGGACAUUACUGGCGACUUCUUUGCAGGAUAGUAUGUUGCGCUUGAGAAAGUUGGGGGAUGCAAAUUUGUGA